AUGGCGGCCUCUGGUCGUCCGCCGGCUGUCCACGUACACUUCAAUGAACAGCUUUAUAAUCAUAUUGCGUUGCCACGUGACGUACCAGGCCGGGAGGACAGGAACCUUUCCAGCAUCGAAGCUGCAAUCCUCACACGCUUGACUAAUGCAACACGUCUUCUAAGCUCUUACGCGCCGCCCUCGGAUCAGCAGCAUAUUUACAAGCUAGUCGAUUCACUUACAGCGUGCCAAUCGCUGCAUGUAGACAGAGCAAUCACGAAGCCAGCUCUGCUUCGAGAGCUCCGUGCACUGCAGCCUGGUAAGAUCCUUAUUCUGCAUAUCGCGGCUCAGAAUUGUGGUCUGCUUGUAUACAAAGACGCAAGCGGCAGCCAAGAUGACUGUCGAGUGAUAUUUGAGGCUUUCGAAGUCACGCCCACCUGCGAGCAAGUCCUCGCCACGAAGAAUGCUUUGCUACGAGACUUCCCGGGCUGCGCUGUGUCCGUCCCAAACGCCACCGUCCUCGAGCCGUCCUUCUUGGACAGCUUCUGCACGUUUUUGCAACAAGCCUCGACAGAAUACGUCAACAAGUUCUCCACCAUCACUCACAAAGCAGCUGCACCGUUGCCGGAAAUUCGCAACACCAGCGACCCUGCGGUUGUGAUAGGGUUACUCAUGUCAAUCCUGGAGGCCAACGGUGCUACCGCGGACGUGUCGGUCCUGCGAAAGCGUUUUCGUGAUACAGUAAUGUUUGACAAGGCCCAUAAGCCCUGGAGGCGGUCACCCUUCUACCUCACCGUCCGCGUUGCAUUACAACGCUGUCUGUAUAAGCAGUUUGGAGUCGACAUUGGCAGACUGUACUACAAAACUUUAAUGUGCUUGAUGCUGCGCCAUUUACUGGAAGAUGUCCUGAGGAAGAUUCCGUUCGAGUCGGUAUUGUUCUUGCGUCAGAAGCUGGGCCGUCGUCUUGCAAAACUUGCGGGCGAUCGCACUGCAGCUGCCAGAAGGUUCAGUAACUCGACCAUCUCCGCGCUGUCGUCUCUCGAUCCAAUGUUCGAAGCUACACUCCAGACUACGGGCGGCUGGUUGAAGACAACAUGGCGCAACUAUAAGCGCACACACGAGCGGUACGUGCCUCUACUGAACGCUCACGUUCCAGCUGGGGCACUGAACUUCUGCCUUCCAAACGCCUACCCGAUGCUUAGUCACAUCCUCGCAAACCAGGCUUUUCAUGUCGAUAGCGUUAGGCGCACACCUGAACAACUUCUGAGGCAGUACGACGAGUCUGCAGCUUCUGUAAAGCCAUACAUGUGUGCGGCCCGCUCGCAAAUACAGAUUUCGCAACAUCACGCCACGGUGAUUGAGCCUGCGAAAGAGGCUCAAGCUUUUGGCCAUGCUCGCAUCAUUGAGCUGAAUGACAUCAUCCGAAACUACGUACACCAAAUCCAGACUUCGCCAGAAGGAUACCCAGAUGAGAGGAGCCAGAUGCUGCUCAAUCUGAUGGAGCUAUGGGUUCUGAUGGACAUGGAAGCUAUAGCCUGCUACCCUCUACUGGAGGACUAUGAUUCAGCAUUCCCCGAAGACCUCCUGGAUCCCAUCCAACUGCUCUCACUCAACGACAUGAUACGAGCAAAGCAGGUGCGUGCUCAUUUGAGCAGACGAUUCCGCCCACGAAACGGUCUGAAGUGCCGGACUAUAUUUGAUGAUCCUUCCAGUGAUUGUUUCGCAGCCAGGUACUUUGACGAAUACGAUGAGGCAGGCCACGACCUUCGUAGCGAGAUCGAAGACGACGCCGACGCGCAGCGUACACAGAAGGAGGCUGAGUGGGAAGAGAAGAGCGAACUUCACGCGGAAAUCGUCAAGAAGCGAGAUGAGACAGCCUGUUUUUACGACGAGGUACCGCAUGGGUGGAUACCUGGUGUCACUGAGACCAAGCACCGCCACCCUUGCGAGUGGCACGAGCUUCGGGAUACUGCCAGAAAAAUCAAGAUCCGCAUCUUCGAGCAUCCUCUGCCAAGCUACAAGCCUGCUGCGAAAGCAGCCAUGUUUGAGUUGAGGUGUCCAAAAUCAUUCGCCGCGUAUAGGAACGCCACUUGGUCCAUUUUAUCGAUCAUUUGCUCCCCCGAGCCAGCUAUCAAGCCUGAGAGAGUUUCUAUUCUCCAAGAGUAUUCUCAGCUCCAGUCACACGUCGAAGAAUUGACCCAAGGAGUCACUCUGGCUUCUGAGAGGAAGGCGUUUCUUGAGACUCAUUAUGCAUAUUGGGGGUUCCCAGUGGAUCUGAAUGACAUUAUUCGCAAUUGCGGGCUGAGACUGAAGUACUACGACCAGUCUAGCGAGUCGUGGACCGGUGAACAUAGCAAAGCAUCUCUAUGGCAUCACUUUCCCGUGAUGCUUGCCGUCGACUCUCCGUUUUGGGUUCUCCAACCGUCGUACGCCAGUUGGCCGUCGUCAAAUGAAAUUCAAGCGAGUCAAGCGGACUGCCCUGCAGAUAUCGGCGCUCACGAGUUCAUGGCCUGGCAGGGCCUCUUGGUGGGAACGCACUCAAGGUGGCUGGACCUCAUUCGCGAAUUGGGCUCCGCCAAUCUCAACUUCUCCGCUGAUGCCACUUGGGUGCUCGUCAUACGCAUGGUUCUUCAGUAUGGUUCAGCUGUGACAACUCCAGACCCUCGCGGAGAUGUUCAUUCAGCGCUGCUUGAUCAAACUCUGUGCUCCAGGUUGCUACAGCAGGUUCAGCAGCGUCUCGACGCAAUCCGCCUCAACUGGCGCGAGCCAAUCCAGAUGGACAUCUUGAUAACGAUCCUGCUCAAAGUCAACUCACUAUCUACAUCAGAUGGCACGCGCCUACAAGCCUUGGCGCUUCUGCUGCAAGCUCGGGAAUCGACUGACCUUUGGCGCGUUGAACUACAAUCAUAUGUCACCAAUGACGCUAGAGUCCGGCCUUUUGCGGUCUGGGCUGCGCUUUUAUGCAAGCGUACUUUGCACGCAGAUUCACAGAUCCUACUGGAGUCUGGAGGCCUUCAGCACUAUAUCGGGGCCUCCAUCUCGCUGAGUUACAACCUCGUCGAUGAGUUCAAAUUCCUGCCCUGGAAGUACCGGGCUGCAAUCAUCCGGGAUGUUAUGUAUUCUUACGAGCAUCGAGACUUGCUGAAGCGAUCGAUACUGUCCAAUCCUCAAGCAUUCCUGGAGGCAGUCAAUAGACUUUGGCAGGUGCCUGAGGGCUACGAGUCCAAUAUUUCGGUCUCAACCACCGGCACUUGGUGGAUCCUGCUGGAGCUACAGUCCACGAGCAGCAGUCAUGAUCACUCUUACUUUGUGCAUUACAACUAUGUCUAUGGCAGUAUGCUCAUAGACGGACAAGAGAUGUGCACACUUCCACUUACAUACCGACGAAAUCCACUCUAUCGUCAGAUCUUCGGAGAUCGAAACCCCGUCGUGUUCCCAUCGCCACUUCAGGGAAUGUCAUGGGCAGUCUCUGAGCCAAUGAAAGAUGGUCAGCGCGUACAUCUUGGCUUCCGUCAGCGCACCCUGGUCGUUCGCGCGGUUCAGCAUGACCAGCUCUAUGAGUACAUCCCGGGUGAGGUGUUUGGAGUGGAAUCACGCGAUCUCCCGGCUCCCCUCAUCGACGGCUGUCACCAUUGGCUAAACAUUCGCAAAGGCGAGCUUGAGAUUCGUCAGCAAGAUAUGUGGAUAUCGAAACCCAGAAACUGGUGGAUAUACGGCAUCUUAUAUGGACAAUGCCAAGUCAUCAGGCGGAGUCAACAUCACUCGGCCACCACAUUGCUGAACUCAUCGAAUGAAACUGUACAGCAUAUCAGUACUAUAUUCAGGUCCUUCGUGGAGCUGAAUCAAAUUCUCGUGUUUGUCUCCCGAGAUCACAGAAUAAUCGUUGAGCUCAAGCCUUUGGAACUUAGCUUCUUCAUCAACGAGGGAGGGUUAUUACAGUCCAAAAGACUUGGCGCUAUCAUCACACAACAACAGGACAUCGGCACACUCUACGGUUUAAGGAGCAAAAUCGUUGUCCAGUCCGUUGCCAACCGUCGCCAUAAGAGUGUCCUCAUGCCAUACAACAGCGACAUUCAGAUGGUGCGAGAUGAUAUUCACGUGUCCGUCAUGAUCGGUACCGACACAGACAAGUAUCUGAAGUACGACAUAAACGAAAUAUUGGGUCGUCUAGACUGCCCCCCGGAGCCGAGUCUUCUCUAUACGAAAGCCCUCCUUCAUGCGCUCACAUCACACGUGAUGCCCGAUCCACUUACCUCACGAACCGGCACUGAAGAGUCACUCCGCCUUCUCCAAACCGGAUUAUACCAACCUUGGAACCCGUUGGGACCGAGUCACGUAGCACUCUUGUGUCGCCUAGCGGAGCUGUCCCCAAUGCGCGGUUACUACCCUGUGGGGUCACAGUUCAUGGAGACCCUAGAAUGGCGUGUUGAUCUGACGCGACAUAUUCAGGAUGAUCGGUUCAGGCCAUUUGCCGAGAAGAUCCUUCGACGGCACUUUGCUUUAAGUGAGUUCGCCCCAGGCACCCUGAAAUCAGAGGGGAUGGCGAAAGUGUCGGUCAAGCCAAAUUCACAUUUGGCGACUCGAGCGGUGUCACGUACACUCGUGCAGCAGUCCCGGGAAGCCGAUCUCAUGUACAUUGGAAGAGACAAGCGUACUCCUAGUAUGGCUCGAGCCAACGCCUUCAGCAUCACGAGACAACUUCUUCUGCAGCAGCCCUCGCCAGCCGACUCUCCGAGCCUUCUCGUCCUUCUACACGACGCAUCCCUCAUUGGUGGCUAUGACAAAUGCUUCCAAAAAGCUCUGAUAUCGGACUUGCUUGCUGUUGAUGUCAAGUCAGAAUGGGGUGCACUGACACAGCGGGCUAUGAAGUGCGAUACACAAGAUCGGUACAGGCUCAUGUUCUUACUUGGACCGAUGGCAUUCUCAGACGAUGCCAACCUAGACCUAAUUCGCAAGCUCAUUUGUUUUGUUGUGUCUCCAGACAUCAAGGGCACACAGCCGCCGCUGCACGCUGCGUACUUUCACUUUCGUGCCGAUGGAGCGCCGCCCUCUUCUUAUCUCGUCUCUUUCAUGGAGAAAGCGCGAAUGCCAUUUAUUGCGGUAGGCUUCAAGAAGCGUUCUCAGAUUGUCGUUGCGGAAAACAAUCAUGGCAGCUUCGUCGAGAAGAGCUGCGAAGCCCUGGCCUGCUCCAUCCAGGCCCAGUGGCCACGAUCAGUGAUCGAUGUGACGAAGCUGAUAGAUGUCGAUCCCGCACACGUGGAUGUUGAGAGAGCACUUGAGGAUCUGAAACCAGAAUGGCAACGUCUAACACGCAAUCACGAGCUUGCAGUGUACCUUGAGAGUGUCCAGGUUUUACUAGAUCGAUCAAGCGCAGGCCAAGGAGAGACACGAAAGCCAGUCGCAAGCCCCAAUCCUCUUCAUCCGGCCACUUACAUUCAACCGAUAUCUCCAUCGCGAUACCCCUCACGGGUCCGAGAUGGAGACGACCUCAGUCUGCCCAGGCUACUGGAGCAGUCAAUUUGCCGCACUUACCACCAGCGUGGAGGCCUUCCGGUGGCGUUUGGCACGCUCCAUCCGAAGUCCGCCAACACUCCUUCGCGCGCGAACAAUGUACGUGGUACAACAUCACUGCCUGCAUCCGGGAAGCCUCUACUAGUGCCAGGGGGUACUCAUGUCUCCGAAGUCCAGAAGCUUCGAGCUAUCGUGAGCGAUUUCCGAGCGAAGACUUCACAUGUGCACUCUCGGUACGCCGACGAAAUGGAAGCCAGUGUUGACGCUCUACAACUGCACUUGAAGUGCCAACAAAAGGCAGUCCACAUAACAACCCGUUGGAUUGGGUCUGACGAGCUUCAACUAGCGAAAGAUGCUGUCAGGCUGAUCAUCGAAGAGAUCAAAGCUGAACUGGCGGGUCACGACCCGCAAGCAAAGUGGCUUCGAAUGGUGGAUCUUUGGCCAAAGAUGACGAUCACAGGGUUGUUGACCGAGUUACGAACAACGUCAGGAAAUUAUUUCGGGGCUGGCACCAAGGAUGCUCUCGUGUCAUUGGGCAUAGCUGUGACCAAAUUUCAGCAACUUCUGCGCAUACAGGAUUCUCGAAAGAGGAACAAGGAUCAACAGCAACGGGAAGAAUUGUCUAAUGUUGGCCACACCAAUUGGGACCCGUUGAAAUACCCUGACUGGCUUCUUCUCGAGAUUGACGGCGAUGUAAUGCUCCGCGAGGAACAAGUACAAGUUGCUCUGGCGACGAUAGCACCGGCUUCAGGCCAAAAUUCUGUCCUUCAGCUACUAAUGGGCAAAGGCAAGACAUCAUGUAUUCUCCCUAUGGUGGCCGCCGUCUUGGCAAAUAAGGACGAUCUGGUGCGUGUCGUCGUUCCACGACCACUACUUCUGCAGUCCGCUCAGGUGCUGCACGCCAAACUCGGGACUCUGGUGAACCGUCAGAUCAUGCACAUCCCGUUCUCGCGCAAAACUCCUGCGAAUCUACCUCUGAUGCAAUUCUACCUACAACUGCAGGCGUGCAUGCGUGAUCUUGCCGGUGUCAUGAUCUCGCUUCCUGAGCACCUUCUCUCCUUCAAACUGAGCGGGUUACAGCAACUUGCCGAUGGUAACAUCGAGGUCUCUACGGCUAUGUUGCAAACUCAAGACUGGCUUGAUAGCCACGCUCGCGACGUCUUGGACGAAUGCGAUGUUUCCCUCGCAACUCGCAUGCAGCUCAUCUACCCUUCAGGCUCACAGGCAUCGGUAGACGGUCAUCCUAUCCGCUGGCAAAUGAUUGAGCUUCUCCUCCACCGCACACAGGACUUCAUAACUGCUGUUCAAUCGCGAUUCCGCAACAGCGUUGAGGUUGUCAGUCGACCCGACGGCGGCUUUCCCCUCAUCUACUUCUUACGCAAAGAUGCCGAAGAUCACUUGAUCGAGCUGCUCGUCCGCGACAUCUACAAGGGUAAUUUUCCCUACCUGCCUUGUGCGGACUUCCCACCUGAAGUGCAAGAUGAUAUCUCGAUCUACAUAUCCAACGCUUCGGUACGCAGCGAGAUGGUUCAGAGGGUUGCUGCUUUCUUCAAGGAGAAGCAACAGCUUAUGAAGGCCACAAACCUUUUGCGUGGCUUGUUCGUGCACCGCAUUCUGAUAUCGAGCCUCAAGAAGCGUUGGAACGUACAAUAUGGGCUACACGCCACGCGAGCUCCGAUCGCUGUACCUUACCUUGCGAAGGGCGUACCUUCUGUAUCUGCUGAGUGGGGUCAUCCUGAUGUCGCUAUCAUUCUAACUUGCCUAUCGUUCUACUAUCAAGGCCUUAAUACGAGUCAGUUCAAACAAGCGUUUGAACAGCUUGUAAAGAUGGACGAUCCGAAUGUGGAGUACGCCAAAUGGGUCUUCCCUCGCGCGCCACUAGGACUCGAGGAAUUCAGCGCUGUCAAUGCCGAAGAUGACUGGCAACUAAACAACUUGUUUCAGCUCAUUCGUCUGAAUGCCUCCCUGGUGAACUUCUACCUCAACAAUUUCGUGUUUCCGCAAUACGCAAAGACAUUCAGUGUCAAACUACAGGCUUCUGGAUGGAACUUGUUUCCAUCCCGAACUGACACUAUGGAGUGUCGCGUCACAGGAUUCUCGGGAACGAACGAUACGCACAAUCUGAUGCCUAUGCUCAUCAGGCAGGCGGAUCUACCUGAGCUGGCUCACACAAACGCAGAGGUCCCCUACUAUCUCAUGGCCUCUCGCAAUCGAGGAUAUGUUCGCAUGAACUAUGAAGCGGGACGGCGAUGGACCGAGCUUGACCUCAUCAAGCAUCUGGUCAAUCCUCAGGGUGUAUCCAAAGCCUAUGUGCGACACGAAAACAGUAUCAGAAUUCUUAUCGACGCGGGAGCCCAGGUCCUGGAGCAUUCAAGCCGAGACUUUGCGAAAGCUUGGCUUGAUGAAGAUACCAAUGCGGCUGCUGCGGUCUACUUCGAUGAUGACCAUCGAGCAUGGGCGCUGUAUCGUACUGGAAAUCGCACGCCGCUACUGGCAUCGCCAUUCGCCGAUAGUCUCGAUCGAUGUGUCGUCUACUUGGACGAAAGUCACUGUCGAGGCACAGACCUCAAACUGCCAGUAUACGGCAAAGCUGCGUUGACUCUCGGACAGCACCUCACCAAAGAUGCAUUGGUACAAGCAGCUAUGCGGUUGCGCCUGCUUGGACAGUCACAGUCUGUGGUAUUUUACUCACCAGCAGAAGUUCACCAAAGUAUCUUGGACCGGCUGAACAAGAGCGCGGCCUUCCGUCCCGAUUCAGCGGCGGUUCUGUUCUGGGUUUUUGGACAGACUUGCGACAUACUGGAGCAUCAAGAGCCCUCGUAUUUUGCGCAAGCGUUACAGUACAUGCAACAAAAGCAGGCCAAGAUAAGCUAUCCAUUCUUCCUCAACAACGAACACUCCAGGUCCGAGUUUUUGUCUGCGGUGCUCCAAAAGGAGGCUCUAACCAUCAAGGACAUGUACCAGCCAGGCAGCAGCCGCCGCACCGGGCUCAAUAAGCCCUCCGCAUGGGAUGCAUCUCUCCAAGCCGAUGUCAAGCUACUUCAAGAUCGCCAGAAGCAGUUCCAGGACAACGGAUCAGCUGUGCAUGCAUCAGUGCUAGAAGAAGUCGAGAUAGAGCAGGAACGCGAGCUUGAGAUUGAGGUAGAACAUGAGGUCGAGAAUGUUCGUGAAGCUCAACAGCCACCGAGGUUCCGCGCCCUUCCAGUCUCCAAGCUUCAUCCAGAUGUCGAGCACUUCGUUGAAUUUGGCAGACUUGUCGCAGGAAGCUGCGCCUAUCACCCGGUGUUUUCUGCUUUGAGUCGCACUGAUACAGGCCUCAAACGUAGCGUCUCGUCUUCCAUGCCAUCUAACCUCUGGGUGACGGAACAGUUCAGCCGAACGGUCGACGUCUACUACCCUAACGACAUAUACGUACGCUCAAGUCAGUGGGUACUAUGGAGCUCAGUUAGCAGGAAAGCUAUCCUCGUUAGCCCGGAGGAGGCCAAUUCCCUCAUUCCCCUCCUGAGGUCCAGGUGUGAGCCCGAAGGUGUCCACCUUAUCGUAUAUGCCGCGCCAGUUACCCGCCGUAUGCUGCACUUCAACGAUCUCAACUACCAUGCCACGCCGCCGCUCACGAGUGGGUUUCCGCUUCCAACGUGGCUUACCGUGGAGUUGGGCAUCUUCUCUGGCCGUCUGCACUUUGACUGGCGCGAAUAUACUGAGCUACUCGGCUACUUAGGCUUGAAGCAAGAUCUUUCGAAGGACCCAGACGCGCACUCAUUCGCAGCCAAGCCUCUUACUUUCCUACACGAAUGGAUCGCCGUUCGUCGCAAGGGCCAAGAUUUCGAGCACACGCCCAUGGGCUUCAUAACAACUGGCAAGCCGCUUACUGAGAAUCACGCUUUCUUCCAGACUUCAGGCAACGAGACUCAUGCAGAGAUUCGACCCCGCAUCGCGCGCGUUGGUUCGGGCGAGGACGAGGAGGAGGACAAGGUUGGGGACAGUGACCACGAUGAUGACGAUGAAUUCUUGCCCAACGUUGAGCACGUCGACGACUCGGAUACAGAGGGUGACAACUCAGAUGAGCACGAGCACUUUGGGGACGCGCAGGAAUCUCAAGAAUAA